AUGCAACUGUGUUCAAUUGAUACUUCUUGUUCUGGUCCAACUUCAACAAGUCAUUGGAUCAUUCGAGACGUGCUUCUGGCAAGUGCCUAUCCAGGUGCAAAGGAUUAUGAUGAACAUCGACAAAUAACACGAUCGAUUUAUAAGAGUGGAGUUCAUGUAUUUGUUAAUUUAAUGGAACUGAAAGAGCUUAUACGUUUCACUCCUUAUGAAUCUGAUAUUCAAGAAUAUGCUCGUCAAGAUAAUCGAAAAGUUGAAUUUAUUUCAUUUCCAAUACCUGAUCAAUAUAUUUGUCGUGAUAAUGAAAAAUUAUUAGACUUUUGUUUGAAUCUAUGUAAAAGAAUUCGAGAUGAUCAACAAAAUAUUGUUAUUCAUUGCUGGGGUGGUCAUGGACGAACAGGAACAAUUAUAUCUAUUCUUAUUGGAAUAUUAUUUAAUUUAGAAGCUGAUGAUGCUAUCAAGUAUAAUUAUCAGUUAAAACGACAACGUCUGAGAGUUAAAGGAAAAACAAGUUCACUUCAUUCUCGUCAAUGUGAACAGGUUCAAACAGUGUUAAGAAUAUAUCAAGAUCAACAAGAAUCUUUCGUUGAACAAGAAAUAUUGGAAUAA